AUGGAUGCCAUAACAAAGAAAAAUAAGCGGGAUGGAACUGAAGUUACAGAGAGACUUAUUACAGAAACUGUUACCACCAGAUUGACAUCUCUCCCCCCAAAAGGAGCUGGUAGCAGUGGGCUCAAAACAACGGCUUAUAGUGGAGGGAGUGGCAUGGAAAAGAGGACAUAUGCUCAUGGCAGCAGCAGUUAUGUCACAGCUAGUGGAAAUGCUAGAAUGAAUACCUCCUCUUCCUCCUACAAGCAAGCCACCUCUCCUUCUUCCACUCUUACCAAAUCACCUGGCUCAACUUUUGAACGAAAAACCUAUGCUACCCACCAUCCAGCAUAUGAAGGAAGCUCCAGUGCAAAUUCCUCUCCAGAGUUUCCACGCAAAGAUUUUGGUUCUUCUGCUACCAGGGGACGAAGCCAAACCCGAGAGAGUGAAAUCCGAGUGCGGUUGCAGAGUGCUUCUCCAUCAACCAGGUGGACAGAAUUAGAUGAUGUCAAGCGACUGCUGCGGGGAAGUCGAUCGGCAAGUGCUAGCCCAACUCGUUCCCAUUCAGGCACACUCCCUAUUCCAAAGAAAGCUGUUGUUGAAACCAAGAUGGUGACAGAAAGCUCCCAGUCAGUGUCAGGGACUUACGACACAACUAUCUUGAAUGCUGCCCUCCCAUCAUACAUGUGGUCCUCCACCCUGCCUGCGGGGUCAUCUCUUGGUGGCUACCAUAACAACAUGGCCCAAAGCUCAUCUUUGAUCAACACUGCAGCCCAUUCUACUGGAUCAGUGUUUGGGGUUCCAAACAACUUGGCCUCCACUUCCUCUACUCUGAAUGCUGGUCUCAGCAAUUCUUCCACAGUAUAUGGUGUUCAAAACAACCUGGCUCCAAACACACUUGGGGUCACCAAUACUACAACCACAGCUUCCACAGCAGCAUAUGGAGCAAAGAAAAACACAGUGCAAAGCUCCAGUGUGACUAAUACAGGGGUGUCCACAUCAUCUACAACUGCUGCCACCUCCACAAACUCUCAGAGCGAUGACAUCCUACGCAAAGACUGCAAAUUUCUGCUCAUAGAAAAAGAAAACGUAACCCCCAAGAAAGAGAUGGAACUGUUGAUCAUGUCCAAGGACAGCGGAAAAGUUUUCAGUGCAUCAGGCACUGGGCUUAGUGGAGGCUAUUACACAGAAGACACUCUACAGAAAGACAAACAAGCUAUCUCUUCUUAUGCUGGAGAUUCCUACCUGAAAUCAGAAACAAAUGGUGGGCUAAAAUCUGUUUCAACAAAAGACAAAGCCACUGUUGGAGAAGCCAGAGGGGAUAAUGGAUGUGGAGGGGCUGGAGGUGCUCCAGCCUGGUGCCCCUGUGGCUCAUGUUGCAGCUGGUGGAUGUGGCUCCUUGGCUUGCUGCUGGCCUGGCUGCUCCUUCUUGGCCUCCUUUUUGGACUUAUUGCUUUGGCGGAGGAAGUAAGGAAGUUGAAAUCCCGAGUGGAGAGCCUUGAAUCCCAAAAUACCUACUGGCAAGGAACUGGCAGUCGUUCAGAAAUGUUACUCAGCGAGGGAGACAAACUGUCCAAUAUGAAUGAACAUCAACUAUGGGAUGUUCUGAAAAGUUGGCUAAAUGUGGAGAUGAAACAAGGUCGUUUCCGAGGAGAACCAGGAACAAAAGGGGAUAUGGGGAUCCAAGGACCAAAAGGAGACCAAGGACUCCCUGGGCCACCAGGUAUUUCUGGCUUAAUGGGUCACCCUGGGCCAGAAGGACCAAGAGGACAGAAAGGCAGCAUGGGUGAAACUGGUCUGGAAGGCCCUAUGGGACAAAGAGGGCGAGAGGGGCCUCCAGGACCCCGUGGGGAGCCUGGUCCCCCUGGAUUUGGAGAGAAAGGUGACAAAGGUUCUGCUGGGGAACCAGGUGCCCAGGGUCCACCAGGUGUCCCAGGUUCUAUAGGUCCUAAAGGUCCUCCAGGAAUUCAAGGAUUUAGAGGUGAAGCAGGUAUCCCGGGUGCUAAAGGUGAUUCAGGGGAGAGAGGACCCCGUGGUCUUACAGGUGAACCAGGCUCCAGAGGACUGCCUGGGCCAGCAGGUGAACCGGGACCUAAAGGAUCAGCAGGUCCACCUGGCCCAGAUGGACAUCAAGGUCCCAGAGGAGAACAAGGUCUUAUGGGUAUUCCAGGCCCACGAGGACCACCAGGGCCUGCUGGAGAUGCUGGGCAGCCAGGUCUCACAGGACCACAAGGCCCACCAGGUCUGACAGGAAGUCCAGGCCGACCUGGACCUAAAGGUGAACCUGGAACACCAGGCCAGGUUACCAGUUCAGAUGGUGGAGCAACUAUUGCAGUUCCUGGCCCACCAGGUCCACCAGGGGCUGUUGGACCUCCUGGCCCACCUGGUGUCCCAGGUCCUGUUGGCCCAGCUGGUCUUCCUGGAGCUCAAGGUCCUCGUGGUGAGAGAGGCAUUCAAGGUGAAACCACCAUUGUUGAAACCAUCAAAUCAGAAGCAGCUCCUAUCGAAGCACUGCAAAAUACUAGAGGACUACCAGGACCACCUGGACCCCCAGGUCCACCAGGACCCCCAGGUGCUUCUGUUGAGGGCCCACCAGGACCCCGUGGCCCACCAGGCUUACCAGGGCCACCAGGGAGACCAGGUUCUUUUGUGCCCACAUCAGAAAGUUACUUUGCUGGACCCCCAGGACCCCCGGGUCCUCCAGGUCCAAGAGGAGAUCAAGGGUUGCCUGGUCCACGAGGAUUCAAAGGUGAACAAGGCCAGCCAGGUCUCCCAGGAUCUUCUGUUCAAGGAGGUACUGGCAUUACUCUUCAAGGACCACCUGGACAUCCUGGACCAGCUGGGCCACCUGGACCUAAAGGAGACAAAGGUGUACCAGGUGCCCCUGGAAUCCCUGGAGGAGCUGGAUCAAGAACUUCUCAGGGCCCUCCAGGUCCCCCGGGCCCUCCUGGACUUCCAGGAGUUGGAAUUGGCUCAGUUCAAGAGAUCCAACAGUAUGUCUCUGAGUACCUACAGAGUGAUAGUAUUGGCCGUUAUCUGAUUGGACCACAAGGCCCGCCUGGACCUCCAGGAAUCACCAUUGGUGCCGAAUCUUUGGACUAUGGUGAAUUGGCCCGUCGUGUUAUGAGCUACAUAUCCACUUCAGGCUCCUCAUCUUCUAUCUCCUCAUCACUGUCUUAUGAAAAUCUUCGUGCCAUGCUGCAGAGUGAAGAGGUUCGUUCAUAUCUUAUUGGACCUCAAGGUCCCCCAGGUCCCCCUGGGCCACCUGGACUGGGAGGAGAUGGCUUAGCUUUGUCACUGGACUAUGAUGAGUUGACAAGACGUGUUGUCAGCUACAUGACAAGUUCUGGAAUUAGUAUUGGACUUCCUGGACCACCUGGUCCUCCUGGGACAACUUAUGCUGAUAUCUUAAGUUUGCUUGAAGCUUCAGAGUUCAGAGGCAUUAUAGGGCCACCUGGGCCUCCAGGCCCCCCAGGAAGACCAGGUAGCUCUGUUUCCACCAUUACUGCAGAGGAUAUCUCCACAUAUCUACAAAGUGUGGGAUAUUCCUUAGCUGCUGGUCUCCCUGGUCCACCAGGCCCCCAAGGCCCCCCAGGACCACCUGGUUUUUCAGGAACUGGCCUUAUCUCCCUUGAAGAUGGGGUUUGGACUGACCAGUUCAGGAGUGAAUUGAUCCAAUACCUUACAAGUGAUGAUGUACGUAGCUUCAUCAGAGGACCUCCUGGACCUCCAGGACCACCUGGACCAAAAGGAGAUGGCAGCUUUAUGGCUGAAACUUAUAGAAGCUCUGUAAAUUCAGAAGGAACAUAUGGCAGAUCCACAAGUUCUGGCUUAUCGUAUGAUGCAUCAUUAGCCACAGGAGGAUCAAACAGCAAUUCGUUCAGAAGCAAUGGAGAAUAUGGUGGAUUGUUUGGAGCAGAUGAAUCUUAUGCUGGAACAUUUGGAGGAGAAGGAUCACAAAUAAGUUCAAUAGGUGCAGAAGGAUCCUAUAGGAGAUCCUAUGUUGGGUCACUGGAUUACAAUGAAUUAGCAUCCAGAGUGUCUGAAAACAUACAGAGCCGAGGGCUCCUUCAGGACAUAAUGACUUACGCUGUACAAGGCCCACCUGGACCUCCUGGGCCACCUGGUAUCCCAGGCAUUAGUAAAGUGUUUGCAUCCUAUGGCAACAUCACAGCAGACCUCAUGGAUUUCUUCAAAGUUUAUGGAACCAUUCCAGGCCCACCUGGACCACAAGGAGAGAGGGGAUUUCCAGGACCCAAAGGUGAUACUGGACCAAUGGGCCCACCAGGCCGCCCAGGACCAAGAGGGCCAAAAGGUGAAAAAGGUGAACCAGUAUAUGCUGGCCGAAGGAAAAGAAGAAGCACAAGAGCCUAA